AUGCCGCCGAGAAAGACGAAUAAGCCAUCCAAAAAGGAUGAAGGGCUCGCGAGGACCGAUAACAACCUAAAGAAUCAUUCGUGGCCCGUUGUAUAUCCCAUCAAUCAAAAGAAUUUCUACACUGAUUACUUGAAACGCGAUGACCAAGCUUUGGUUUGGAGACAGCGAAGUGAAGCUCCCAGAUCCGAAAAAGAGAUUAAAGAUCGUGGCCUCAUAAUAGAUGGUGAGCCUGAAAAGGAGGGCGUCGGCGGAGAUGGAAAGGAGGAUGAAGAACACCCGGGGGUAUGGGGUUCAAGGGUGAUUAUUAUACACCCUGGAUCCCGUAAUUUACGGAUUGGUCGUGCAUCUGACGCCCUUCCAAAAACAAUACCAAACGUCAUUGCCCGCCAGCACGCACAAUCCGAGUGGGAGGAAGACCCUCAUCCGCGUCCCAAGCGACUUCGGACAGAGGAUGAGUCAAAGGACGACCCGGAGGAUAUUGGCGACAGUACCCCCCAAAGAAGGACAAGAGGGAGCAGCAGGAAAUCUACCUCGCUCGCUGAAAGAGAGCCUCCCUAUGUUGAGUCUUCGUUUCAAGUUGUGUUCAACGAGAUAUCACAAGAGCUGAAAACACAGAUGCGACAAAACAAGCGUAGGGUUUUACCAAAUUCUAGGGAAGGGGUUAUAAAUCAUAACAAGAAGUACAUUCCGGAAAGCAUCAAAGAACACAAUGACCCAUACCGGGCAGAGUGGACGCCUGUAGAUACCAGUCUCUUGCAUUUUAUUGGGCAUGAGGCUUUACACAUCGCCGAUAAUUCCCUUCCGCGAUACAAGCUCUUCUGGCCCUUACGAGAUGGGGUUUUCAAUGAACACGACUACGUAUCAAAAAGACGGUGGCAUGAAGAUGUGACAGUAAUCCUGCGGGAAAGCUUCAUGAGGGAGCUCGGUAUAGGGCCAGGGGAUUAUGAGGUGCUGUCAGCAGUUCUCGUAAUACCUGAUCUAUACGACAGGAUUUACGUUACGGAAAUGUUAGAUUUGCUGCUUCGAGAGUUCCGAUUCGCCCAGGUCUGCCUAUUCCAGGAGAGUGUGGCCGCCACAUACGGAGCCGGUUUCUCAUCCGCUUGUAUUGUCGACAUCGGCGCCCAGAAAACCUCAAUAUCCUGUGUUGAAGAAGGAAUGGUGAUACCAGAUUCAAGGUUGAAUCUCAAGUUUGGUGGCGACGACGUAACAACGACUUUCACACAAAUGAUUCUUACGAAUUCUUUUCCGUACUCAGACAUCAAUCUUCUGCGUCGCUACGAUUAUCUCCUUGCAGAAGACCUUAAGGCUAAAUAUACAACUCUAAACGAGGCAGAUGUUGUUGUUCAAUUCCACAACUUUCACGUUCGUGCGCCAGGGGAAGAAACUAUCAAGUACGGCUUUAAGACCUACGAUGAAGUAUAUCUAGCGCCAUUCAGCCUAUUCCACCCUGCAAUCUUGGACAUAACCGAUAAGCUUAGAGGGCGAAGAUCACUAUGGGAGAGGUCUUAUGACUUAUAUGAUGAUGUCCCGAAUGAUCCCGUAUCUCUGGCACAGAGCUCCCUCUACCGCCCCGCUACCGCAACUGCACCAACAACCAUGAAUGAGGACAUCGAAAUGACAGAUGACACGGCUUUGGGGGUAUCCAAUCGGCUCACGAGCACUAGUUUGGUGGUGCCAGCAGGAGGACUCGAAAGUACCCCAAAGACACCACACGGAGGCUCGCCCGUGCCAGAAGAGGCAUUAGAUAUACCAGAGGGAGCCAACCAAACAAUCAUCGGGAAUAGUAACAGCAAAGCCGGUGGAUCGGACCCAGGUGAUUCAGAGCCGGAGAUCGAAGCCCUCCCUAUGCUGCCUUUGGAUCUUGCAAUAAUGGAGAGCAUAAAAUACGCGGCGAAAGGUGAUGAAAAGCGAAGUAAAGACUUCUUCUCCGGAAUUCUUCUCGUCGGCGGUGGCAGUCUUACAGCGGGGCUCAAUCACUUGCUUGAAGAAAGGCUGAUCCGACAAAAGGGAAACCUUGGAAACCUUACCAUUAGUAGCCCGCCGCGCGAGCUUGACCCUCAAGUUUUAGUAUGGAAAGGUGCGAGUGUCUUUGGGAAGCUAACCAGCACAAAUGAGGUCUGGAUAAAGCAAAGUGAAUACGACAUUCUCAAUUCUAGAGUUCUACCUUACAAAACAUUAUGGAUGUGGUGA